UUACUAUAUUGCAGGAUGCCAAGGCCUUACAUGACCAAUUGGAUGGUAAAGCUCGAUCGGCACAUCGGCCGAAUUCAAAAAAAUGCUUUGAAAGUUCUUCAUCGAUUUACUACUAGCGUUAUGGAAGAUCGCAAGAGUUUUCAUGAGCAUACGCAGGGCGAAUAUUUGAAAGAUGUUAUGGAGCAAAGUGAACUGACCGCGUCCGCGGAAAAGAGGCAAGGUGGCAGUCGCAAAGGAAAUAGUACACCGACGGGACGUUGCAGGUCUCGGAAAAAGAAAUUAGCUAUGCUGGAUUUAUUGCUAGUAGCUGAAAAUAACGGGCUGAUAGAUCGCGAAGGCGUUAAAGAAGAAGUAGACACGUUUACAUUUGAAGCGCACGAUACCACAGCGAUGGCAAUGGCUUAUACCCUGAUGCUGUUAGCUGAGAACCCCGAGGCGCAGCAACUGGCGAGAAACGAAGUGGUGAAAUUAUUCCGUAAGCGGAACGGCUUGGUGAGCUUCGAUGAUCUUCAAGAACUAGAUUAUCUAGAGAGAUGUAUCAAGGAGUCGCUGCGCCUGUUCCCGCCCGUCGCUACCCUGAUGCGCUACACGCGGAACGAGCUCCAACUGAAAAACGCCUUGAUACCUGCCGAUUCCCACAUUAUGGUUCACCUUUACGAUACUCAUCGAGAUCCACACUUUUGGCAACAACCCGACAGAUUCGACCCCGAUCGAUUUUUACCUGAAAAUAGUCGAAAUCGACACCCGUUCGCCUACAUUCCAUUUAGCGCUGGACCACGUAACUGCAUAGGUCAGAAAUUCGCGUUGAUGGAGUUAAAAUUAUUGAUAGGUCAGAUCAUCUACAAUUUUCGCUUGGAACCCAUUGAUAAAAUUCACGAAUUGAAACUGAUGGCAGAUAUUGUGUUGCGACCACUCAAUUCUAUUAAAUUGAAAUUUAAUAAGAUUACUAAUAAUAAUGGCGUAGAUAUACCAAAUUUUAAUUAA